AUGUUUGGGAUUCAGGAGACGAUACCGCGGGGCGGCACGACCAUGAAGGAGGAACCGCUCGGUGGGCUCAACUCGGUGCGCUCGUGGAUGCACACGGCCGGGGUCGUGGACGCCAACACGGCCGCGCAAAGUGGAGUCGGCCUGGCCCGGGCGCACUACGAGAAGCAGCCCCCGUCCAACCUCAGGAAGUCCAAUUUCUUCCACUUCGUCCUGGCGCUGUACGACAGGCAGGGACAGCCUGUGGAAAUCGAGAGGACGGCUUUCGUCGACUUUGUGGAGAAAGAAAAAGAGCCAACCAGUGAAAAAACCAACAAUGGGAUACAUUACAAACUACAGUUAUUGUACAGUAACGGCGUCAGAACAGAACAGGAUCUUUACAUUCGGCUAAUCGAUUCGAUGACGAAGCAGGCCAUAGUUUAUGAGGGCCAAGACAAGAAUCCAGAAAUGUGCAGAGUUCUCCUGACUCACGAAAUCAUGUGCAGCCGAUGCUGCGACAAGAAAAGCUGCGGAAACCGCAACGAGACCCCGUCAGACCCGGUGAUCAUCGACAGAUUCUUCCUAAAGUUCUUCCUCAAGUGCAACCAGAACUGUCUGAAGAAUGCAGGGAACCCACGAGACAUGCGCAGAUUCCAGGUUGUCGUAUCGACGACCGUCAAUGUGGACGGCCACGUAUUGGCCGUGUCCGACAACAUGUUCGUACACAACAAUUCCAAGCAUGGGCGAAGGGCUCGCAGACUCGACCCUUCAGAAGCAGCCACCCCAUGCAUCAAGGCAAUCAGCCCCAGCGAGGGAUGGACCACUGGAGGAGCCACUGUCAUCAUCAUAGGGGACAACUUCUUUGACGGCCUACAAGUGGUGUUCGGCACCAUGCUCGUAUGGAGUGAGCUGAUAACUCCGCACGCUAUCCGCGUCCAGACUCCACCUCGGCACAUCCCCGGCGUGGUGGAAGUCACGCUGUCCUACAAGUCCAAGCAGUUCUGCAAAGGUGCCCCUGGGCGAUUUGUGUACACUGCCCUGAACGAGCCCACCAUCGACUAUGGUUUCCAGAGGCUGCAGAAGGUCAUCCCCAGACACCCCGGCGACCCUGAAAGGCUACCAAAGGAGGUGUUACUGAAGAGGGCGGCUGACCUCGUUGAGGCCCUGUAUGGGAUGCCCCACAACAAUCAGGAGAUCAUUCUGAAGAGGGCAGCUGACAUCGCCGAGGCCCUGUACAGCGUUCCCCGCAACCACAACCAGAUCCCCUCUCUCGCCAACACAGCCUCCCACGGCAUGAUGGGAGUUAACUCCUUCAGCAGCCAGCUAGCAGUCAACGUGUCUGAGUCACAAGGGAACGACCAAGUGGGCUACAGCCGGAACACCAGCAGCGUGUCCCCCCGGGGCUACAUCUCCAGCAGCACCCCGCAACAGUCGAGCUACAACACCGUCAGCAACAGCAUGAAUGGCUACGGCAAUGCCGGCAUGAACCUGGGAGUGCCAAGCUCCCCGGGGUUCCUCAACGGCUCCUCUGCCAACUCCCCAUAUGGAAUUAAACAAAAGAGCGCCUUCGCCCCUGUGGUCCGACCCCAGGCCUCCCCACCCCCCUCCUGCACCAGCGCCAACGGCAACGGACUGCAAGGUGAGCCCCCCUCACCCCCUCAUCCUUUCCCUACGGACUACUGGUCAGAUACUGCUGCUCAGGCCUCUGUCCGGUUUGCCAUGUCCGGCCUCGUCGUCCCACCAAUGUAAAUGCACUUUCGUCAUCUCAAGCACCAGUCUACCACUUUCACAGGACACGCCCCCAACCCCCCUUCCCCCCGGGCACACAACAGCAAAAAGCGCUGGUGCCAUGUAUAGUCGACUGCUUGUUCUCUUUUUAAAGAUGGAGAGGGUGGGAAAAAAAAAAAGAAUCUUUUCAAAAUGACUUUAACAGCCCCGCAGAAGAAAAAGGAUCUCACGAGGAACCAUAUUUUGUUCUUUUUCAGUGGGACUUCUUUUUGUUUUGUUUGUUUCCCCGCCCCCUCAUUCCAUCACCCUUGACGAGGACACAGGAUGACGAAGGGUUUAUUUUGUAUACCUGUCGGCUCGCGCUUCGGCCUUGGAUCCGUCCGAUCGACCACACAUUCAAUACUGGAAGGGACUCUGUGGACUCACCAUUGUACAGUAAAAACACUGAUGUACAGUACAUUUGCCAAUGAACUCGUUUGCCUCAGAAAUUGUUUUUCCUUUUCUUUUUUCUUCCUGUUCCGACUCUCUUUUAACAGAUCCACACACAAGAGUUGUGCGUCUUUAUAAUGUGACUUUUUUUGUAUUUUCAAAUGUGCGAGGAGAAAAAAAAAAAAACACAGGGGCCAAGACAGUUUCAACUGGAAAUUAUAAGAGAUAUAUAAUGUAGUUAAUUGAUCAUAAAAUUACAAGGGAGGGUGGGGAACGUAGGGUCGGGGCUGGGCGGGUGAGGUUGUACCAUGUUUCAUUCCUGCAUUUUAACUUAAAUUUUGUAAUUUAUUGUAGCUAGAAAAAAAAAUCCUCUUCAAAUGGUUCAAAAAAAAAUCCUCUUUGACUCAACAAGCACACUGACGUGUACAAAACACUGCUCUGUUGAUGAAUAUGAUGUACUUCCAUGUCUAGAGCUUCCUUUUAAGCAAGUGUGUUUUGCCAUGUUUUUCAACUUUUUUGCUAGCACUGUAUAUUAAUGCAUUCCUAGGCUACUGUGAAGUCUGUUUCUUGUUGAUGAGGAGCAGUCUCUCCCUUCUAUAGCUCCAACUCCCUUAUGUGUUUUAUAUGUGGUUAAAAAAAAUGGUAGACUAUUGUGAUAUUGCCAAACUUGUGCUAAAUAUUUAUACAUCUGUCUUUUUCAUGUUCUUUUAGAUCAACACACAAAAAAAAAUGUUUUAAAAAAAGUAAAAAAGCAAAUCCAUUGAGAAUGUAGGCGUAAAGUAGUUCAUUGUCAUAUUUCUGUUCCAACACACACUUGCGCUCACUGAGGGAAAUUUUGUAACAUAUCAACUAUAAAUACUGUAUUUAUCUCUGAAAUUUUGUAUAUUGCUUUUCAUUAUGUAUGUAUUAAUCGUCAUUGCCCUUAAUAUAGUGAUGCAGCACAGAUAAUUCAGCCAAGAAAUGUUGCCUUCAUGUUUUCUUUUUUGUAUUUGAUGAAAUGCAACGUGCAUAUAUUUCAUGUGUAUUCUCAAAAACUUACUCCGUCGACUCUCUUGUCCAGUUUUUUUUUUUUUUUUUUUUUUUUUUUUAAAGGGGAAGUCAAACUUCAUUGUUUAUUUUUAUAUUGAUUUUAAAUUAUCUAUACAGACCAUUUUGGAGAAAACUUUGUUGGUUGUAUUGUCAAAUAAAUUGUUUGUGACCCAUAUGAUAGUUGUUAAGAUCCAAUAGAGACUAAUGUGCAUGAGGGACAACCUUGGAGAUAAAAAAAAAACAAAAAAACAAAAAACAAACCAAAAAAAAAAAACAGUCUCCAUUUGUGGUUGUAUUAUUUUCUGUUUUGUAGAAUGUAAAGAAGUCAUUUUUACUCACCACUUAUGACUCUGCCACAUAGCUUACACGUGUUUACAGGGGAGAAACAUUAAAAAUGUCAACAUUUGGAAUGGAAACGAUGUUUUAUUAAAAUUUUACAGUAAAAAAACAAAAAAAAAAAACAAAAAAAAAAAACACACACACUUUGCAC